AUGGAAACAAAGCUAACGGGUCUCAGAAUCUCCUCGUGGGUUCAACCCGCCGGCGGGCAAGCACGUCACAGCAGUCCGGUGGUCGCGGUGCUGAUUAGGCCGUCGUCCUCCGAGAAUAUCGGGGCGGCCGACAAGAGGAACAACAACAGGAGCAUAGCAGUGAAGCCCGCCGCGGCGGCGGCAGUAACGACGACGACGUCACCGUCGCCGCCGGCGGAGUAUCACGACAGCUGGUUGGAGGAGGCGGCGAUCAACUACCUGUCCCGCCACGUCCAAGAGGCGACGGGGACGAGGAACGAGAAGAAGGGAUACGAGAGCUUGGUACAGGCGACGAGGGACGUGACGAGGAAGUUCGAGGUGAGGCAGCAGCAUCACCUUGUGGUUCAGGCGCUUGCAAACGCCAUUCCCUCGCCGAUCCUUCACUUGAUAAGGACGGUUCUUCCCAACUCAAAGUUCAAAAGAGAGUAUUUUGCUGCUUUCACCACCGUCUUCUUUGCCUGGCUCGUCGGCCCAUGUGAGGUACGAGAAUCAGAGUUUAACGGGAGCAAGGAGAAAAAUGUUGUCCACAUAAAGAAGUGCAGGUUCUUGGAGCAGAGUAAUUGUGUUGGGAUGUGCACUAAUCUCUGCAAGGUGCCGUCUCAAACUUUCAUCAACGGCUCCUUUGGAAUGCCGGUCAACAUGGUUCCUAAUUUUGAUGAUAUGAGUUGCGAGAUGAUAUUCGGACAGGAACCCCCAGAAUUGACGGAAGAUCCAGCUUUCAAGCAACCAUGCUACAAACUAUGCAAAAUAAACAGAAGCCACAAAGACAACUGCACAAGUUGA